AAAAAGGUUUACAUUGAGGCCCAAACCUUCAUAUCAACAGCCUUUUGGUAGCGUCAACGGCGGUGCACCACCACUCCGCCGUAAGAUGGAGGAAGAAAAGGCCGCAGCAUACUACGACGAGCUUACACGGAAAGGAGAAGGCGCCGCAAAGUUCAAGCAAGGUCUAGGCUUUUCUUCAACUUCCAACAACGACGCCGUUCCCUCCCGUGGCUCUGCUCUUGUUUCUUCAUCUUCAUUUCUAAGUAGCUUUGUCAGAGCAUCAAGCCCGUCGAAAACUACUGAGUUCGAAAAACAAGCUCAACUUCAAUCCAUCCAAAACAAGCUCAAGCUCAAGAAGAAACCCAAAGACGAUGAAAAUUACGACAGUAGCCUUUCUUCUAGGGUUUCAUCAAAAGGAAAAAACAGUAGAAGCCAAAGUCCGAGCCGCGAAAGGCAUUCGCGCCGGAGAAGUCGAAGUCCGAGCCGGACUUCAAAGCGCCGGAGCAGGAGCAGAGGUAAAGAGAGGCAUUCCAUACGCCGGAGUCGGAGUCGAAGCCGAGAUGCUUAUAGGUCGAAUCGUCGAUAUAGGUCUAGAAGUAGAAGUAAAAGUAGAGAUAGAGGUAAAUAUAGGGAAAAAGAGAAGAAGAGUAGAAGGAGGUCAAGGAGUGUGCCACCACGGGAUCGAAGAUCGGAAAAAGAUAGGGAUGCUACGGUUGAUUAUAGCAAAUUGAUUGAAGGUUAUGAAAAUAUGACUCCAGCCGAAAGAGUCAAAGCCAGAAUGAAACAUCAGCUUUCAGAAACUGCUCGAAAAGAUGAAACAAAAGGCAUGGGCUCUGGAUGGGAGCGUUUUGACUUCGACAAGGAUGCCCCUUUGGAUGAAGAGGAGAUUGAAGCUGCAGAAGAUGAUGCUGCUUUAGUCAACCACAUUGGCAAAAGCUUUCGGUUUUCUGCGGUGGAGACUAGGAGGGAGGAACAAAUCAAGGCUGCUCAUGAUGAGGCUAUCUUUGGAGUUCCCUCACUUCUGCCACUUCCACCUUUCACCGAAACUGAUUAUGAAGCAGAAGAGGAUAAUGGAAAAAAGGACAUCUCUGAAACUGCUUCUGCCACAAGUCUCAUCAGCGGGCAGGUGAUAUCUUAAAUCUUGAUAUUGCAGUUUGUUGCCCAUUAUUACACGGCACUUGCAAUGCAACAAGGUUCUUGGCGUGAUCGUGCGCAUAGAUAAUGAAUUCGAUGAAUGCUUGGAAGAUUUGUUAAAACAAAGUGACAUGAUCAUGCUAAUACUUAAUUGAUGACUUGAUGCCAAUGGAGGGGUUUUGUUUUUGGGCUCCUUUUAGAUGGGUUGUCCCCGCCUGUCGCUUUUAAAGGAGCAAGUCCUCGUUUAAACCAGGCAAAUUGGGAUGGAGAAGGAUAUCUAUAGAAUUGGCUUUUCAGCUUUAAUAUCCAUAGUAGGUACCUGUGUGUCUGUUCUAAGUUUCGUAUGGAGAAACUAGCCUGUAUUAGCUUAGAGCAAGAAAUUCUGUAAAUAUUUUUCUUUGGUCUUCUCAACUUUGAGCUCAGCCCUUGUCUCUUGUUGUAUGUGGAACGUCAACGUACUGCAUUGGCCAGAUUCAUCUAUCUAUAAGUCAAUUGGUUAUGUAAGCACAGGUCAAUAUUGUGAGAAUGCAAGGGAGAAAAAUCUAUUAUUGGUA